AUGCUGAGACAGACCAAGUACAUUUCUAGGAGGUGCAGUGUUUGUAUUUGGAGAAGGGGCCUGUCUUCCCGAGUGCAGCUCCCUGACAGGGAAACUACCGUGGCCAAGUUUGUGUUUCCCUCUACUACGCAUACCAUUGGUAGCGUAGCACUGUCGUUGGAGAAGUACUUGGGCAAAGAAAUUACCCUGCAUGGAUGGAUGAACAGCAAGCCCAGAAAAGUUUCAAAACGGCUAGCGUUUGGUGAAUUGAGAGAUUACAACGGUGAUAUCACUCAAAUUGUCAUAGCUGAUGAAGAGAUGAUAUCUUUACAGCUACAAUUGGAAGACGCUAUUGCAGUCACCGGCACGAUAUCAAGGAGAAGACCCAAGAAGGACCAAAGCGAGGAGUCUGUGGGAAAACUAUGGGAUUUAAACGUUAUAAAAUUACAAAUCCUAAACCGUUCGAAUCUUGUCCCAUCUCAGUUGAAAUCACUAGACGUAGCGUCACCCGAUUACCCACCUGAAUACCGUUACUUACAACUCAGAUCGAAGUUUUUUCAAGAUGCUCUUAAGCUGCGGGCAAAGGCUUUGCAACGUGUCAGAUCCACUUUAGAUUCCCUUUCAUUCACCGAGAUUGAAACACCUCUCCUUUUCAAAUCUACUCCGGAGGGCGCCAAUGAGUUCUUGGUUCCCACCAGACGAAAGUCUUAUUUCUAUGCACUUCCGCAAUCUCCACAGCAAUACAAACAGCUCUUGAUGGCAAGUGGCGUCAAAUCAUACUAUCAAGUUGCUCGCUGUUUCCGAGAUGAAGACUUAAGGGCUGACCGCCAACCUGAAUUCACACAGAUAGAUAUAGAGAUGAGCUUUGCAGACGGAAAACAAGUCAGACACGCGGUGGAACAAGUUGUCAAUAAUGUCUGGUUAGAUGUCAAAAAGUCUCCACUCUAUGUUCCUUUUGGAACUGACCAGCUAGUUAGGUCCAACGAAUUCCCAUUGAUGUCAUACAAAUCAGUUCUAGAGUUAUAUGGGAUUGAUAAACCUGAUUUAAGGUCAUCAUUACGAUUUCACGAUAUAUCUGAAUUCACAACAAGAGUUGCCAACCCUGAUUUCCCUGUUUUCGAAGUGUGUGUUUUGAAACAAGCAUUUGAAGGAUCGCAUUAUACGAUUCCUGACUUGCUCAUACAACCCGAUAAUUAUAAAUCUAGGAGACCAGCAAUGUUUGCCAUUAAAUCCACCACUGACUUGAACAAUUGGCACCAGCAUUUCUCUGAGUAUGCUGAUAUCGAUUCCUCUAAACUUGAAGAGCUUACGGCCAAGCUCAAUCUUCAACCUGGUGAUAUAAUUACCGGAGCUGAUAGAGCCAUUCUGCCAUAUGAGAAUCCAACUCCCCUGGGACGUUUUAGACAACUUGCCAUUGAACAAUUCCCUACAAAAUGGAGAAGAACAGUGGCUAACAGUGAAGAAGACACUUUAAAAGACUUGAGUGUUGCUACUUGGGUAGUUGAUUUCCCGCUGUUCAAUCCCGUAGAAGAAGACCAACUAAGCGGAAAGCAAAGCUAUCCACUUUACAAAAAGAACCAAUAUGAGUCUACCCAUCACCCGUUCACCAUGUGUUCACCUGCAGAUUACGAUCUUCUCUCAACCGAUCCUUUGGCGGUACAUGGUGAGCAUUACGAUCUGGUUGUCAACGGAGUUGAAGUUGGAGGAGGUUCAAGAAGAAUUCAUGACUCUAAUCUACAACAGUAUAUUUUCAAAGAGAUUCUCGGGAUCCAAGAUCCCCAUCGGUUGUUUGGACAUUUGUUGGGGGCUUUCGAAUCUGGAUGUCCUCCCCAUGCUGGCUUUGCUAUUGGGUUUGACAGACUCUGUGCAAUGCUUUUAGGGUCCACAAGUAUCCGUGAUGUAAUUGCAUUCCCCAAGAACCAAAAAGGACGAGACCCUGUUACAGAGAGUCCCAGCAUGGUUCCUUCCAAGACUUUAGAAAAGUAUCAUAUACGGGAGAUUGAGGCCUGUCACCAGUAA